AUGACACUGCCUGAGUUUCUUUCAAACUGGCUAUCCGCCCUAUCUUCGAUCCUUACGACCGGUGAUGCAGACGCCUUUGGCCUCUUCUUCGGCAUCGACACCCGCCCUUCUAAAACAACCACCUACCUUCAACAAGCGCUUGCGAGCUCGACGCUAGACGAAGAUGCAGAGCUGGAUGCUAUUAGGGAUAUUAUAGACCCCGAUGACCAAUGGAGCUCAAUUGCGAGGAUGGUACAAGCGUACCUCCUCUACCUCCGUAGUGCCCGCCAGGAUAUCGGUCUAUCGCAUCGGUUUGAGUUGUUGCUAAAGUUCAUGAACGCUGUAUCCAGUGCUGCUGACAAUAACAAUGGGGCGGUUCUGAAUGUACUUGUUCUUGAAGGAUCGAAGCACAUAACACGACUUGGUAUCAUGUGCGAUGAUUUAGCCGACGAUGGUAGUUACAAAUAUUCCGAACAGGCACACUCUGUUGUGCAAAAGUUAUUUAACGUCUCGCUCAAGGGAGUUCGGCUCCCUAAUGACCUUGGGAAGAGGGAGACAUCGGUUGGGAUUAUCAACUGUUUGUUUAAGUUGGCGUCGAAGAUGGGUAGGAUAGGAAGUAUGACGACUAUCAUAGUGAAUCUUCAAAACGUCCUCCCCUCUAUCAAUAUCACCUCCGACACACGAUUCUCGGUUGCACAGCGCUGCACAUACGCCUACUACAUCGGCAUAGAAUGUUUUCAAACCGCCCAAUUCUUAAAAGCUGCGAAUACUCUCCAAGAGGCAUUCGAUCUUUGCCACCCAUCUUUUCUUCGGAAUCGAAGGAAAAUUCUGAUACACCUAGUCGCGAGUAAUAUCAUCCUCGGCCGUUUCCCAUCCUCGGACUUAUAUAAUCUACCAGAGGCGGUACAACUCAGAGAGGUUUUUUCACCAAUAAUCAAAGCGAUUAAAGUCGGUAAUUUUACGGGAUUUGAAAGAGCACUGUUUCGAUCGAAGAAAUGGUUGUUGCACUUUGAUAUCUUCCAUGACUUAGAGAUCCGCUGCGAAACCCUGAUGUGGAGAAACCUUAUCAAGAACGUCUUUGCUGUUAGCGGGAGCACCGCUAAAAACGGAGUUGAAAGCGUAGGACUGGAUAAAAUUCUCGAAGCGGCAUUAGUAACCAGAGCCGGGUUACGGCCGAGGGUUGUUGGGCAAACUAUCAAUGGACAAAAAGAAUUCAGAGAAACUAUUACAGAGAGCAGUAUUUUAAGUAUUGUACUCGGACUUGUCGACAAUGGAUGGUUGAAUGGGUAUGUUAACCUUGAGAAGGGCAUGCUGGCGGGGUGGAGUAGUAAGUCUCGAUUGAUAACGAGGCUGGCAGACAUUAAGAAUCAGUAUGUUGGGAUGCUGUGGGGCGGGGAGAAUGGGAGCGGGGUUACGGAGAAGGAAGGUAGUGGAGAAAAAGUUGAGAAAGAUGGCGAGACUAAUGGAUUUCCUGCUGCUGCUGCCGCUGCUGCCCCGGCGCAACAGAGUUUUGGAGGGCUCUUUGCAGGCGGGUUUGGAGAUACGAAUGGGAAUGGAAAUGGCGGAGGGUACGCAACGGAUCCUGGAGAUGACAUGGAAAUGGAGCUCUAG